GAUCGGCAGCAGUUUGGAGCGGAGCUCCGGCGAAGGUUCAUUCGGAACUGGCGGCCGCACCGUGACCCGAAGAUAAUUGCCGCGAAUUUCCAACAUGCUGUGGCCCUGCAUCCUGGGACAGCAUCGGUUAUUUUCUUCUCUCAGCCCCACGAUCUGUACCCGGAGAGUUUUCUGCUGAUGAGCGAAGGUUAGAAACUGCAAGUAAUUUGUCCACUGGAAUCUCAAACACAACAACACAUCAACUUUGCUGUCAUUAUCCAGAUAUUUAAGGAGUGACCAGGUAUUUCCUUUGUACCAAUAUAUCUGUUGUUGAUUCUUCGAGAUGAAGAAGUAUCUCAUCCCAACUGGAAACGUGCUUGUAUCUGAAAUGAGCUUUUCUGCUGAAACUCAGUAAAAACCGCUGCAACUGGGGUGCUGAGAACACAUCAGCAUUUGUUCACGAGAGAUCAAUCCUUCAACUGUAAUAACUGUGUGAGGCAUUCAUUACAUUUCUGGCUGCAGGAAGCAAUUCAUUUUGCGAUCCAGAUUAAAUAUAUGGCAAAAAUUCUCACAGAGAGGACCCUGUUACGUAUCUGGGAAGGGAUUCACUUACUCAGCCCACCACAGACAGACCAGUGAGUUCACAAGGGAGAGAGACUACACAAUUGUUCCGUGUAUGGGAAGAGAUUGACUUAGGCAUCAGCUCUGCUGACACACAAGUGAGUUCACAUGCCGGAGUGGAUGUACAUCGGCUCGGAAUGUGGGAAGGGAUUCCUUCACAUCCCACCUGAAGAGAUACCAACGAAUUUACACUGGGGACAGGACAUUCAUUUGCUCAGACUGUGAGAAGGGAUUCAAUCAGUCGUCUUGACUACUGGUGCUCCAGUCAGUUCACAUCUGCUCAGUCUGUGGGAAGGGAUUCAUGCAGUCAUCUCAACUGAAGCUACUUCAGCGAAUUCACACAGAGGAGAGGCUUUCACCUGCUCAGACUGUCAGAACGGAUUCACUCAGUCAUCUCAGCAAUUGGCACACUAGUCAGUUCACACCAAGGAGAUGUCAUAUACCUGCUCAGAUUGUGGGAAGGAAUUCACUCAGUCCUCUCAUUUGAAGGUACAUCAGCGGGUUCAUACUGGGGAGAGGCCACUGACCUGCUCUGAGUGUGGAAAGGGAUUCACUCAGUCAACCCACCUGCAGUCACACAAGCGAGUUCACAUGGCAGAGAGGCCAUUCACCUGUUCUGUGUGUGGGAAUAGGUUCACUCGGUUAAGCAACCUACAGAGACACCAGUCGGUUCACACUGGGGAGAGGCCGCUGAUUUGCUCAGACUGUGGGAAGGGAUUCACUUGGCCAUCUGAACUGAAGCUACAUCAGCGAGUUCACACUGGGGAGAGGCCAUUCACCUGCUCAGACUGUGGGAAGGGAUUCACUCGAUCAUCUGACCUACUGGCACACCAGUCAGUUCACACUGGGAAGAAACCAUUCACCUGCUUCGAUUGUGGGAAGGGGUUCACUCGGUCAUCUCACCUGCUGACACACCAGUUAGUUCACAGUGGGGAGAGGCCGUUCACUUGCGCAGACUGUGGGAAAGGAUUCACUCGGUCAUCUGACCUGCAGAGACACCAGUCAGUUCACACCAAGAAGUGGCCAUUCACCUGCUCGGAUUGUGGAAAGGGAUUUUCUUGGGCAUCUGAACUAAAGAUACACCAGCGAGUUCACACCGGGGAAAGGCCAUUCACCUGCUCAGACUGUGGGAAGGGAUUCACUCGGUCAUCUCAGCUUAUGACACACCAGUCAGUUCACACUAAGGGGAAACCAUUCAACUGCUCAGACUGUGGGAAGGGAUUCAGUCAGACAUCUGACCUCCUGGCACACCAGCGAGUUCACACAGGAGAGAGGCCAUUUACCUGUUCUGUGUGUGGGAAAGGAUUUGCUCAGUUCUCUCAACUACAGAGACACCAGCCAGUUCACACUGGGGAGAGGCCAUUCAUUUGCUCAGAAUGUGGGAAGAGAUUUGUUCGGUCAUCUGAACUGAAGGUACAUCAACGAGUUCACACUGGAGAGAGACCAUUCACUUGCUCAGCCUGUGGGAAGGGAUUCACUCGGUCAUCUGCCCUACAGCAACACCAGUUAGUUCACUCUGGGAAGAAACCAUUCACCUGCUCAGUCUGUGGUAAGGGGUUCACUCGGUCAUCUCAGUUACUGGCACACCAGUUAGUUCACACUGGGGAGAGGCCAUUUACCUGCUCAGACUGUGGAAAGGGAUUCACUCAGUCAUCUUAUCUGAAGGUACAUCAGCGAGUUCACACUGGAGAGAGGCCAUUCACCUGCUCAGUCUGUGGGAAGGGAUUCACCCGGUCAUCUGCCCUACUGCAACACCAGUUAGUUCACACUGGGAAGAAACCAUUCACCUGCUCAGACUGUGGGAAGGGAUUCACUUGGUCAUCUCAGCUACAGGCACACCAGUCAGUUCACAGCGAGGGGUAGUCGUUCAAUUGCUCAAUCUGUGGAAAGGGAUUCACUCGGUCAUCUGCCCUACUGCAACAUCAGUGAGUUCACACGGGGAGUGGGGAAGAUGUGGAGCAUUAACCUGCUCUGAAUGUGGGAAGGGACUCACUCACUCAUCCAACCUUGUGACACACUACCAAACUCACACUGGGGAAACAGUUUAAAUAAGCUGCAAGCUGCAUAUUUAACCAUUUAGUUUGCUAAAUUCCAAAGCAAGUUCAAAAGUGACUGUUGGUGAUGAACUUUGCAAUUGUUGCUGCUGUUCAUCACACCCAGUUCUGCACCCUGGUCACUGGGCAUGGAAGGGGUUUUGUCUGCGGAUGUUCCCAUUUAGUAGGACUGGAGUUUAAUAGUCUGGAUCUAUGACAAAUAAAUCAGUUCUAUUUGAAACUCUGUCUCAGGUAUUGAGUGAGUCUACAGCACACGCAGUUUACAGUAGGGAAUCAUCUCAGCACAGCCGGUCCCUGCUAUUGUUCCUGUUUCAUGACGAUCCAUUAAAAUCCUUUCCUGCUGCUCACCCGUGGUUAUCCAUUCCAAACACUCUGUGGGUGAAGAGGUUUCCCUUGAAUUUACUGCCUGACUUUCUGCAGGCUGAAGAAGGUGAGCUGACUACACUGGUGACUGACAUGUUCUUUGUCCCACAAAUCUCUGGCCUGAGGAAGACUGACAUUGGUAGUUAACCAAAUUAUUCCCUGGUUAUUUCAACUUUAUGGUCACUUUCACUGCUUCUAAACAGCUGUGACUCACAGAGCUUGGUUGUUACAAUACACCACUGUCCUUGAAAAUCUGAAAGCAGAAUGGAGAACCAUUAGUUGGAUGUUCACUGGAGCAGGGCCAGAAACCAGAGAUGUGUCAGCACAGGGUAGAGUUUGGUGCUCCGCACGGAGGUAGGGGUAAGAGCAGAUGAUGAUGAGCAGGGGUUGUGGCAACGAAUGACAGAGCAGCAACGUUUGGAAGCUGAUUGACAGAGAAAAAAAAGGUUGACUUUGACUUUUGACCUUUUGACACACACAGUGCCUGUUGAUAUUGAGUAUAUUGCCUGUGGAAGCUUGCUAUGUUAAAUUGCUUGGUGAGCUCUGUUAAAAAUAUUGACCGGGUGAUGCUGUUUGGCAUUGUUUGUAAACACAUUCAAUGGCACUGUCAUUCCCCAGAAAUUUGUGAGCUUUAGAAUGUACUAGCACCGUGAAUCGAGUGCACAGGUGCUGAGAGUGUUGGAUCCAGAUUUUUAAUUUUAAUUAUUAUUGUCUUUGCAGUUUAACAAUUAUUUACCUUGUAUUUUAUGCAGUCAUUGUAUACAUAACAGUUUAAUAUGCCUCUCAUGGCUAUUCAAAAUAUAAUUCUGGGGAUUCUUUGCAUUUCAUUAAGUAAGUAAAUGUUUUGUCAUUGUUUUUUUUUUGCUUUAGAUACUGACCAAGCACUUUCUAAGUAGAUUAUCAUAUCUAGAUUUGAUGUGAUUUUUCUUAUCUUCUGGCAUAGAAGUAGCUGUUUUAUGCUAGGUGUUCCAUCUGUAGUUUCUCUCUCUUCUUCAAGUAGUAGACCCCUGCCACUGUUCCACUCCUAUCAACUUUUAAUAAAACGAUAGUGAA